GCACCAUCAGCAUGGAAGGUGGCAAGCAAGAAUUGGAAGAGUUGCUGGAAACAAGGAUUUGUACCUUGGAACGUUUAGCACACAAGAGGAAGCAGCCGAGGCCUACGACAUUGCAGCCAUAAAAUUCAGAGGCACGAGCGCAGUGACCAACUUCGACAUAAGCAGAUACGACGUGAAGAGAAUUUGCUCGAGCUCAACCCUCAUCGCCGGCGAUCUAGCAAAACGUUCUCCGAAGGACUCCGCACCGACGACGGCAUCAACUGCGGCACUCGAGGACUUCAACUCUUGCGCCGCGUCUUCCUCAACGCCGCAGAAGCCUCUAUUGGCCAUAACAAACGGCGAGCGUUCUGACGAGCUUGCCGACAUGGUGUGGACGGCCAAUGCAGACCACGACAUGAACAAUCCUCCGCACGAGAUUAAUUCAGAUACCAAUAACCGGAACUCAUCGAACGGCGGUGAUCAAUUUGGUGGUGGUGGUGGUGGUGAUUUUUCUCAGGCUUAUUUCAUGCAGGGAAAUGCUAAGUUCGAUCAAGAUAGCAAUGGAGGGAAUAAUCAUGAGCAUGGUCGUAUUGGGAACCUUG